UCUUUAGUUUCCUUGUUGCCGUGAGCUGUGAGCUGUGAGCUGUGGGCCGUAAUUUUACGCUGUGAUCCCCUGUUCUUUCUUUCACUGGCCUUUUUGCUCCUCCCGCUGCAACAAUGGUGAUGGCCUUCUCUCCCCCACGCUUCUCACCGGAACAGCGUAUCUUCACCUGCAACUCAAAUUUAUUUCACAGCGGCAGAAACGGAUUCACUCGGUCUGCGAGUCCUUCCUCUUGCUCCCCCUUGUGCUAUUCUUUUUGGAGCAGCUCCACCGUCCCUUUCGUCGCGGGGAGUGUUUCUGCCGAUUUCACCGGUCAUAAGAUCCGCGUCCCUUCGUUAAGGCUGUCGCCUUCCAGACGAGGCGGCAAGAGGGGUGUCGUCACUAUGGUAAUUCCAUUCCUCAGAGGAAAUGCAUGGGAACAACCGCCUCCUGAUCUUGCUUCAUAUUUGUACAAAAAUCGAAUUGUAUUUCUGGGUAUGUCCCUGGUGCCUUCGGUGACAGAGCUAAUGCUGGCUGAGUUUUUAUACCUUCAAUAUGAAGAUGAGCAAAAGCCUAUUUACCUUUACAUUAAUUCCACAGGCACUACGAAGGGUGGUGAAAAAUUAGGGUAUGAGACAGAGGCCUUUGCAAUAUAUGAUGUUAUGAGGUAUGUCAAACCACCUAUUUUCACACUUUGUGUUGGCAAUGCUUGGGGGGAAGCUGCUUUACUCUUGGCAUCUGGUGCUAAAGGAAACCGUGCUGCUUUACCUUCAUCAACAAUUAUGAUAAAGCAGCCAAUUGCCAGGUUUCAAGGUCAAGCAACGGAUGUGGACCUUGCAAGAAAAGAAAUUAAAAAUAUCAAGGCAGAAUUGGUUGCUCUGUAUGCAAAGCACAUAGGAAAGUCUCCAGAGCAGAUCGAGGAAGACAUCCGACGACCAAAAUACUUCAGUCCUAGCGAAGCUGUGGAGUAUGGCAUCAUUGACAAGGUGCUCUAUAAUGAAAGGGCCCCUGAAGACCAGAGUGUUGUUUCAGACCUCAAAAGGGCUCAGCUUAUCUGAUUCAAGACUCUUUACAUUUAUGUAUGAUUUUGCUUUGAGAGUAGCAUUAUCAGCUCUAGGAAUUUAUUUUAUUUUUCUUAGGCUAGGGAGCCAAAAAGGCAGGUUCUUUGAUGUCUAUGUGCAUGUAAGAUUCGUAAAUUAAAUGCUAAUUUAUUUAGGCCACAUUAAAAUGCAUUAUUUGCAGUGCUUCAUUUUAGAUACAAAGCUGAGCUCUGUAUCUAUUACCA